UUAGUACGCGUCGUUGAUGUAAUGGCUGAGGAAGACGGAUUUAGUAGCGUAAUGCGAUUAGUUUUGGGCAGCCGCGACUCUGUUGGUGGCAGUGCUAAUGAAACGGGAGAUAAUGAAGCCGGCAGUGAAAGUGAGAACGUGGUGGUGGUUGCUGAACGGCAAAAGAAACCGAAACGCAUGUUGAUAACAGGUGAUUGCAUACAUUCAAGCCGAGUGGUGACGUUUGCUGUUAUGGGCAUGAUUGGUUGUAUGGUGAACGUAGUUUUUGGAGCAAUGUAUACCUCAGGCAACGAAUCCUCCACCGAGGGUCUACUCUAUCCGAUUGAGUCGGAAACGCGUGAAAUGAAGAAACUAGACGGUAUGUGGAACUUUGUACGUUCCGAUAGCAACAAUCCGUCGCAGGGCAUUCGCGAGAAGUGGUACACAGAUGAUUUGGCACGGUUUCGCCAAACGAUCGGCAUGCCAGUACCGAGCAGCUACAACGAUGUCACGGAGGAUGCAGGACUUCGCGAUCAUGUCGGAACGGUGUGGUACGAUCGCAAAUUCUUCGUCCCGAAGGCAUGGUCGAGGGGGGACGAUCGAGUUUUCAUACGCUUCGGAUCCGUACACUACGAUGCAAUUGUGUGGAUCAAUGGAGUGCAGGUUGCGAAGCACGAAAUAGGACAUCUUCCUUUUGAGGCGGACGUUACUACUGUCUUGAAGUACGGUGCAGAAAACCGUAUAACAGUACUGUGUGACAAUGUGUUGCUGCAGGUGACAAUUCCUCAGGGCAAAGUGGAUAAUCAACCAAUAGACAACGGCGUGGAAUUGGUGCAAUCAUACACGUUCGACUUCUUCAACUACGCAGGAAUUCAUCGCUCGGUAGUUCUAUACACAGUUCCUCGGGUCUACAUCCGGGACGUAGCGAUCCAUACCAGCUACGAAGGAGAUGAAGGACGUAUCGACUAUCAGGUUACAGUUAGUACGAAUGAAACUAAGAAUCUUCAACUGACGGUGAAACUGUACGAUCGGAAUGGAACACACGUCAGCACGGACGAAUCGGAAGCGAAGCUUGAAGGAACAAUUUUCAUUCCGAAGGUGAAACUUUGGUGGCCAUACCUGAUGGAUCCUGAGCCGGGCUAUCUAUACACGAUGGAGAUCACACUGGGCAAAGCCCAAUCAAACGAAGCACCCACCGAUACCAAAGACGACACGGUUCUAGAUGUUUACCGGAUGAAGGUUGGCAUCCGCACUUUGCGAUGGAACAAUAGUUCCUUCCUAAUAAACGAAAAGCCUAUUUACUUCAGAGGUUUUGGACGUCACGAAGAUUCUGAUAUACGUGGCAAGGGAUUAGAUUUAGCGCUUCUCACCAAAGAUUUCAAUCUACUCAAAUGGGUCGGUGCCAAUGCUUAUCGGACAUCCCACUAUCCAUACUCGGAGGAAAGCAUGCAGUUUGCGGACGAACACGGAAUCAUGAUCAUUGACGAGUGUCCUAGCGUAGAUACUGAGAACUAUUCGCAGAUACUGCUUGAAAAGCAUAAAUCCAGCAUUGAGCAGCUAAUUCACAGAGACCGAAACCAUCCCAGCGUGGUGAUGUGGUCGAUCGCAAAUGAACCUCGCACCGGUAAACUGGGCGCGGACGCAUACUUUGCGGCCGUAGCACAAUAUACCAAAAAGCUAGAUCCGACGCGCCCAAUAACAGCCGCCAUUGCUGUGAAUGUAAAUGAUGAUCUUGCUGCCCAGCAUUUGGACAUCGUCAGCUUCAACCGAUACAACGCGUGGUAUGCUAACGCUGGUAAACUCAACAUGAUUACGAACCGCGUCAUUGAGGAGGCCGAAGCAUGGAACAAAAAACACAAUAAGCCGGUCUUAAUGUCAGAAUAUGGUGCUGAUACACAGGAAGGACUUCAUACGCUUCCAGCCUACAUCUGGUCCGAAGAUUACCAAACGCGUGUCUUCAGUCAGCACUUUAAAGCGUUCGAUGCCCUCCGAAAGCAGAACUUCUUCAUUGGAGAAUUUGUGUGGAACUUUGCGGACUUCAAGACGGCGCAAACGUACACCCGUGUUGGUGGCAACAAAAAGGGUAUCUUUACCCGCAAUCGGCAACCAAAGGCGGCCGCCUACCUGUUGCGCCAACGGUACCACGCACUAGGCGAGCUUGGCAAGAGUUAUCUACCGGAAGAUCUGUUCCUCUACACAGCUCCGGACACCAGCCAACUAGUCAGCAAGCGCACCGAACUGUAACACGCUGCCAAACGACCAACCACUUACAUCGUAAGAGUGUAAAAAACACA